GGAGGAGGAGGAGGAGACAGUGGUGCACAAUGUCAAGCAUGAAGAAGGAGACAUUAAGACAAUGGAUAAAGAGAUACAUCAGGCUCUCAGCAAAAACAUGGAGGAAGAAAGACAUGUGAUGGCAAAAACAAAUGAUGACAUGAAGAGAGACAUGGAAAAAUCCGAGAUGAGGUCGCUUGACAUGGCUGAAGAGCUGGAGCAGCAGAGAGUGUUGAUGGCGAUGGAAGGUGACAGGAAAGAUGCAAACGGAGCCGCGUGCAGAGUGCAGGAGACAUCGAGGAAGGAAGGCAAUAAUGCUGACAACCUACAAGGGUCACUGUGGCCAGAGAUAGACUUCGACUCAGAGAGCGACUCGGGCUCGGAGGAGUCCUCGUUCGGUGAUGAGGAGAUAGACAUGAUUCUGGAGACACUUGACGAGAUGGGCAAGAGUAAGAAAGAAGACGUGGGAUUCAAGAAGAUAACUGAGGAAGAGAAUGAGAAGGUGGCCACUGAAUUCAACAUCAAAGAUAACCCCCAGAUCCUUCUCAAAGACCUGGAGGAGAGACAGCACUGCGAGGAAACAGUUAUGUUCACUACUGCUAACAUCAAGCCAAUGGAGGGAGAGGAGAAAGAAAGUAAGGACAAUAAGGAGCAGAUGGCAAGAUGCAUGGAGAAAGAGAAACUACAGUCCAUUAUCAAACACCUUGAGGACAAACAGCAAGAGGAGGAGAUCAGAAAAGAAGAGCUCCAAAAAGCAGCCAUGGCAUUUGUGAGGAGGAGGACUGAGGACCUCAACGAGGAUUCAGAAAGUGAAACGGACUCGGAUGAGGACUAUUUUGAUGAGGAGGAAAAACAAAUGAUCAUAGAGGCAGAAAGGAAGCUCAAGGAAGAGAAAGAGAGAGAAGAGAGACAGCAGGAGGAAUGGAAAAUAAGUGAGAAAAACACCAAGCAAAGGAUGCUUGACAUGGCCCAAGACAUGGAGGAGCAGAAAGUGUUCAUGAGGAAAGCUGCAAACAGAGUCAUGUGGGGAGAGCAGGAGAGAGCGAGGAAAGACAAUAAUGACGAAAAACGUCAAGGGUUACUGUGGCCGGAGAUAGACUUCGACUCGGAGAGCGACUCGGACUCGGAUGAGUCCUCGUUCGGUGAUGAGGACACAGACAUGAUUCUGGAGACACUUGACAACAUGGACAAGAGAAAGGAAGAGAAAGAGAGAGAAGAGAGAGAGCUGGAGGAGAGGAGAAUAAACAUGGAAAAAUCCGAGAUGAGGACGCUUGACAUGGCUGAGGAGCUGGAGGAGCAGAAGGUCUUGAUGGAGCUGGAAGGUGAAAGGAAAGAUGCAAACAGAGCCGCGUGCAGAGGGCAGGAGACAUUGAGGAAGGAAGGCAAUGACAACCUACAAAGGUUACUGUGGCCAGAGAAAGACUUCGACUCAGAGAGCGACUCGGGCUCGGAGGAGUCCUCGUUCGGUGAUGAGGAGAUAGACAUGAUUCUGGAGACACUUGACGAGAUGGGCAAGAGUAAGAAAGAGGAUGUGGGAUUCAAGAAGAUAACUGAGGAAGAGAAUGAGAAGGUGGCCACUGAAUAUAACAUCAAAGAGAACCCCCAGCUCCUUCUCAAAGACCUGGAGGAGAGACAGCACUGCGAGGAAACAGUUAUGUUCACUACUGCUAACAUCAAGACAAAGGAGAGAGAGGAGAAUGAAAGAAAGGACAAUGAGGAGCAGAUGGCAAGACGCAUGGAGAAAGAGAAACUGCAGUCCAUUGUCAAACACCUUGAGGACAAACAGCAAGAGGAGGAGAUCAGAAAAGAAGAGCUCCAAAAGGCAGCCAUGGCAUUUGUGAGGAGGAGGACUGAGGACCUCAACGAGGAUUCAGAAAGUGAAACGGACUCGGAUGAGGACUAUUUUGACGAGGAGGAAAAACAAAUGAUGAUCAUAGAGGCAGAAAGGAAGCUCAAGGAAGAGAAAGAGAGAGAAGAGAGAGAGCUGGAGGAGAGGAGAAUAAACAUGGAAAAAUCCGAGAUGAGGACGCUUGACAUGUCUGAGGAGCUGGAGGAGCAGAAGGUCUUGAUGGAGCUGGAAGGUGAAAGGAAAGAUGCAAACAGAGCCGCGUGCAGAGUGCAGGAGACAUCGAGGAAGACAGGCAACAAUGCUGACAACCUACAAGGUUUACUGUGGCCAGAGAAAGACUUCGACUCAGAGAGCGACUCGGGCUCGGAGGAGUCCUCGUUCGGUGAUGAGGAGACAGGCAUGAUUCUGGAGACACUUGACGAGAUGGGCAAGAGUAAGAAAGAAUAUGUGGGAUUCAAGAAGAUAACUGAGGAAGAGAAUGAGAAGGUGGCCACAGAAGUCAACAUCAAAGAGAACCCCCAACUCCUUCUCAAAGACCUGGAGAGACAGCACUGCAAGGAAACAGUUAUGUUCACUACUGCUAACAUCAAGACAAUGGAGAGAGAGGAAAAAGAAGGAAAGGACAAAGAGAUUAAAGAGAAACAUCAGGCUCUUUUCAAAAACAUUGAGCCUGCCAAGGAGAUGAGGCAAGAGGUCUUUGAGAAAGAGAAUAAGGAGCAGAUGGCAAGAUGUAUGGAGAAAGAGAAGCUACAUGCCAUAAUCAAACACCUUGAGGACAAACAACAAGAGGAGGAGAUCAGAAAAGAAGAGCUCCAAAAAGCCGCAAUGGCAUUUGUGAGGAGGAGGACUGAGGAACUCAAUGAAGAUACAGAAAGUGAUUCGGAUUCAGACGAGGACUAUUUUGACGAGGAAGAAAAGCAAAUGGUCAUGGAGGCAGAAAGGAAGCUUAAGGCGGAGAAAGAGAGAGAAGGGGGAGAGCUGGAGGAAAGGAAAAUAAGUGAUGAAAAAGCCAAGAAGGUGAUGCUUGGCAUAAUUGAAGGAGAGAAGAAGGAGGAGGAGGAGAAGACAGUGAUGCACCCUGGCAAGAACGGAGAGGGAGAGAGCAAGACUGUGGAUAAAGAGAAACAUCAGGAUCUUUGCAAAAACAUGGAGCCUGCCAAGGAGAUGAGGCAAGAGGUCUUUGAGACAGAGAAUAAGGAGCAGAUGGCAAGAUGCAUGGAGAAAGAGAAACUGCAUGCCAUUAUCAAACACCUUGAGGACAAACAGCAAGAGGAGGAGAUCAGAAAAGAAGAGAUCCAAAAAGCAGCCAUGGCAUUUGUGAGGAGGAGGACUGAGGACCUCAAUGAAGAUACAGAAAGUGAUUCGGACGAGGACUAUUUUGACGAGGAAGAAAAACAAAUGGUAAAGAAGCUUAAUGCAGAGAAGGAGAGAGAAGAGAGAGAGCUGGAGGAAUGGGAAAUAAUUGUUGAAGAAACCAAAAGGAUGCUUGGCAUAGUUGAAGGAGAGAAGAAGGGGGAGGAGAAGACAGUAGUGCACAGAGAGGGAGAGCGCAAGACAGUGGAUAAAGAGAAACAUCAGGCUCUUUUCAAAAACAUGGAAAAUGAGGUAGAAAUAAGAAAAGCUGUAGAGAAAAAACAGAUGCAAAAAGCAGCGAUGGAGAUGCAGACAGAAGAGAGAGAGCUGGAGGCACGUGCAUGCAUGGAGAAAGAGAACCUACAUUCCAUUAUCAAACACCUUGAGGACAAACAGCAAGAGGAGGAGAUCAGAAAAGAAGAGCUCCAAAAAGCAGCCAUGGCAUUUGUGAGGAGGAGGACUGAGGACCUCAACGAAGACACAGACAGUGAAACGGAUUCUGAUGAGGACUAUUUUGACGAGGAGGAAAAGCAAAUGGUCAUGGAGGCAGAAAGGAAGUUUAAGGAAGAGAAGGAAAGAGAAGAGAGAGAGCUGGAUGAAUGGAAAAUAAGUGAGAAAAACUCCAAGCAAAGGAUGCUUGACAUGGCCCAAGACAUGAAGGAGCAGAAAGUGUUCAUGGAAGGUGAAAGGAAAGCUGCAAACAGAGCCAUGUAGAGAGAGCAGGAGAGAGCGAUGAAAGAAAAUAAUGAUGAAAAACAACAAGGUUUACUGUGGCCGGAGAUAGACUUUGACUCAGAGAGUGACUCAGACUCGGAGGAGUCCGCGUUCGGUGAUGAAGAGACAGACAUGAUUCUGCAGACACUUGACAACAUGGACAAGAGAAAGAAGGAAGAUUUAGGUUUGAGGAAGAGCGGCAUGGAGCAGAAAGUGUAGGAGCGACAGAGAGGAAAAUAUGAUAGAUUUGUGAAUGAAUGUUGUGACACAGACAUGGAGAGAAGCAAGAAGAGGUUGUAACCAACCAUACGCAACUUAUUUUCUAACCAUAUAAUAAAUAUAGACAUACAAAUACAUAUAUUAAAAUUCACAUUAUUUUACAAAAUUUAUUCAAUAAAAAUGUGCCUGGUAUUCAAAAAAAGAAAAUGUUA